AGAACCCAUCAUGUAUUUGCACAAAAAUAACUGAAGCAUUGAUUAGGAAAAUGUGUACGAUAUAUAUGAUGAUGAUGAUGAUGCGUGAUGAUGAUGAUGAUGAUGAUGAUGAUGAUGCGUGAUGACGAUGAUGAUGAUGAUGAUGAUGAUGAUGAUGAUGAUGAUGAUGACGAUGAUGAUGAUGACGACGAUCAAUUAACUGAAAUCGAACAGAUCAAAGAAGGGCAAAGCUUAAGGCAAUAUACCUAUUUUUUCGGAGGAUAUGGGAGUGGGUAUCCAGCCACUCCAUUUGAGCAGCAUUACCGUUGCUACCCCGUGAGCUUCAUAGAGAAGGCUCAUCUGGAAAAUGGAGACAAAGUUAUCAUGCCGCCUUCAGCCCUUGAUCGACUCGCUUCGUUACAUGUGGAAUAUCCAAUGCUCUUUGAGAUCACCAAUGAGACUGCAACGCGAACGUCUCAUUGUGGUGUACUGGAGUUCAUUGCAGAUGAAGGGAUGAUCUACAUGCCGUAUUGGAUGAUGGAGAAUCUCGUCUUGCAGGAAGGAGAUAUUGUGAAGGUGAAAAGUGCCACAUUGCCCAGGGGCAGCUAUGUCAAGCUACAACCCCACACAAAGGACUUUUUGGAUAUAACCAAUCCGAAGGCUGUUCUGGAAAAGACUUUGCGAAACUUUUCGUGUCUGACAACAGGCGACGUGACAAUGUUUUUUUACAACAACAAGAAGUACUACAUAGAUAUUGUGGAGACAAGGCCAGGGAAUGCCAUCUCAAUUAUCGAAACGGAUUGCGAGGUGGAUUUUGCGCCUCCUCUCGACUACAAAGAGCCUGAACGAAUUCCGAAGCCACCUCCCGCUGCUCCUGCCCCAGUUGCUGAACCUCCAGAGGCGAAGGAAGAACCAGAAGAACCCAAGUUCAGUGCGUUUACAGGGGUAGGCAGGCGGCUGGACGGUAAAGUCUCGGCUACUCCAGUGAGCCCGCUUUCUCAAGCCCGUGCAGCGUCGUUGUCGGGGGCAGGACCCUCUGGCGCCUCAGCCGCCUCAGGCGGUUCCUCCGCAGCAGGAGCAUCCGGCGGGACUGGGAACAGUUCCGCUGGAACCGGUCCCGCUUCUCAAGCCACUGGCCCGCCAACCAUCAAGCGGCCGCCGGGAAAACUCGUUUUCGGAAGCAGCAACGCUGCAAAGAAGGAGCAGCAGACACAACAGCCACAAGCUGCAAAGAAGGAAGAACCGCCGAGCACGGCGGCUCCGUCGGCGGACGACACGCAAAAAAAGUUUCAAGCUUUUACCGGCAAGGGAUACGUCUUGCGUCGGUAAUUGUCUGGCUCAGUAAUUCUCUGCUCAGUAAUUUUGUGCUCAGUAAUUUCUGUUUGCUGAUCGAGUGUGGCACGGAGUUGUUCAUCUUCUCUGCGCACUUCGAUUGUAGACUUUAAUAAAUAAAUAAAAAAGUUUAAAGCCAUCCGUCGACUCUGUCUUUGCUUGAGUGGGUUCAAUGUUGUUUUUGCUCUUUCAAUGCAUCCCAAAGUCCUCCUAGGUCCCAUGUCCCAGUCCCAGUCCCAGUCCCAAAGUCCACCUAGGUCCCAUGUCCUGGACCAGGAUUUCAGUCCCUGUCCCAGAUCCACCUCCCAGUCCCAGUCCCAGAUCCACCUCCCAGUCCCAGUCCCAGAUCCACCUCCCAGUCCCAGAUCCACCUCCCAGUCCCAGUCCCAGUUCCAGAUCCACCUCCCAGUGCCAGUCCCAGAUCCACCUCCCAGUCCCAAUCCCAGUCCCAGUUCCAGCCAGAAGUGAAGAGAACCACAGAGAGGUGGACUUGGGUGCUUUUGAAGGCGAUCCCCUCCUGGACCUGUCCUUUUCUUUCCGUUCAGUGCUCGAUCAUCCGAUUCAUCACGUUUAUCAGACUUGCUUCAGCCGUGUUGGUUUUCUGUUGUGUGGCUGACUCGCGCCUUUUCUUUGUUCUUUUUGUUGUAUGUCCGACUUUGUCAUCUCUCACCUCAGCCGUUCUUCACUGUUGACAACAAAAUGUUUUUAAUGCU